AUGGCUUCUGUGCGAUCCCUCGGUGUUCAUAUACCCUCAGCGCUACCCUUUCUAGUGGCUGAGGGUAUCCUCCCUUCAGACCCAUCCAGAGCCUCCUACAAAUGGGAGGCCAACUCGCACGACGAGGUGGGGAAAGGCUUUGUCCGAGAAGAAUUAUUGACUACAGCGUAUUGUGUUGUAUGGUCGAGGGGGGGUAUCAUAGAACGAGUCUUUCGGUUUGAAGCUGAGAACGAAAUUGUCACCCAAGCCGCAUUUACCGAAUUCCCCUCGCAUCCUCCCUCAGAGAAUAUCCGAAGAGAGCGGCAAACUGAUGGAAAGAAAGUUGGAGAUUUGUUGAGCGGUGAAGAUUCGAAGACUAAGGGAAGAAGACCAAAGGGAAGAGAUCCAUGGGCUAAGCAGGACGGAUACACACAAGUUGAAGCCGGCCGAAGCAGUCAUGGUAAACAUCUCGAGCGACAGCCAGCUUGCCGGGCCCUGGUAAUUGUCCUAAAGACACAAGCUCAUGUAUACCUCAUAUCAAAGACAAGCCAUGUCGUCUAUUUACCAUUCGAAGUGGAUUCCAUUUUCCCUGCUUACCGGGGUGUACUGCUCCAAAGAAAGGUCGUUGAGCAUUUGGAGCCACAACAUACCCCAAGAUUACCGACUGUGCCACAGAAUACUUUUUCUCUCUCCCAAUCUACUGCUGUGACCAAGUCGUUUGGCCCAUCUGGCGACGGCGAUGGCCUUCAAGAUCCCCUCGCGCCGUUACUGGCAGGUUUACGCACCGUUGACUCUAUACCAGGGUCGCCUGAGCUUCCCCGGCUGUUUUGUCUUAGUGACACAAUGACACAGCUUGGAGCAGUGGUCACAGAUUCCACGGCUGGGUCGAGGAAGACACUAUCUCCCCAAGCAGCUAUAGGCACAGCAUUCGUGAACUUGGAUUCGAAUGAAAAGUUGUUGUAUGUGACAAAAGAGGACGAAUUCAGCAGACACAAUAGCUUGACUGCUCAUGCGCCAGCUUUUGCCAUAGCCGUUACCGAGAAUGCGAAAGAUGACACAACGACUGUCUGGGCAAUGACUUACAGCAUUGGAGACAAUGAUCAUGCAUUGCGAUCUCAGUCGUUCCGAUCGUUCAGCGGAAAUGUUUCGCGCCGACGCAGCUCUUUUAACAGUCGUCUUAGCACGGGGGCAAACACUCCAGUAGCGAGCACGCACCGUCAGCCCAGUAGAGAGCUUUCUCUUGAAGAUCAAAGCCUGCAAAGGCAGCCUGAGCUACUUGAAUCCGUUCUCGAAAACCCAGCCAACCCUGCGAAGUCAUCGCGCCGGGUCAGCUCAUUGCUAGCUCGAGCUGAUUUGUCCACUAAACAGGACAAAGACACCUUUACAGACCUAAUGGCUGGAACACAUGGAUCAAGAACAAGCCGCCGUGGAGCUUCGUUUGGUCCUCGACUGUAUGAGAUUAAUCAGGAUUAUGAAAAGACUUCAAAGUUUUCAAAAUCCCACCCUCUUUUGGAGAUCACUUCGAGCAUUGAUUCUGUAAGUUUACAAAGUCAGCCGCUUGAUGACAGACUAGAAGCUGUUGAUGAUGGUGGUGAUAUGAACGCUGGUGGGAGCUCUGCUACAGGCAAACAUCGUCUGAAGAACGAGAUCAUUUUCAAGAAAAUAUCUCGUCUGCAGUCGCCUCAAUCGCGAGGCGUCCAGACUAUGGAUAAUCUAACUCUCUCCGAUACACAUGUAUUCACACUGCAGUCUCCUGGGCCAUUUUUCAACAAUUAUGGGGCUAAAAAUAUCCUCGUUUGUGUUAUGAGACGUAGGCUUGGUGAGCUUCUCAUAGUCCAUGUUAAGGCAACAGACCGAGGAAAGUCAAAGAAGAUAGACCAUUUAGAUCUUCCAGAUGUUCGGAAUUACGAAUGCAGCGUCACAGGCACAAGACGCUCGGGUAUACGAGAUGCUUGCAGAAUCAGUCAUAGAAACCAUGACUGGAUACUAGUGCUGGAUGCCAAAGGCGGACUCAGCCUUCAAGCUCCAUGGAGUUCUAUGUUCAAAAUUGACAUUUCUGAACCUCUGAACCUCCAUGACCCCCACAAGAUUAGUCCUCAACAUCCGCGCCAGCGUGCAGAUGAAAGCGGUUCAAACCGCAGAACUAGCCAGACUAUUAAGGCAAUUGUCGCUCUCGAGCAAGCAGACCGCCAAGGAGGUGUAGACGUUGUCAGCGAAAAGGGAGAAAAGCACAGGAUUACGAUAGAGCUGGCGCCUUCGAGUUGGUUCGUAGCACGAAUAAUUAAGAUUUGCCAGACGGUUUUGCCAUCAACUGAAACUGAUGGUGACUCUAUUCUAAGAGGGUGGUGGGAUGUAAUGGCGUGGCUAAAAAGGCGAGAAGAAAGCACUAUUGACGAGGAGUGGACUGGAUUGCUUGUCCUCCUUUGCUCUUUCGCUGUACCUUUCCUGGAUAAGCCACAGCUCGAGACUACACCACGCCAGAAGCGGCGCAAAGGUGGGCUUCUUAGAUCAAGCAGUGGCGCAAAUACUGACCAGGAGAGCUGGCAUGAGAUGAUGAGACAAGAGAGUGCUUCAUCCAAGACAUGUCCGGACUGGAUGAGAGGCGGAGCGUGGCAGUGGACGAGGGCUGAGGAGCCAGUGGCUCGAUCUUUAGCCCAAUCAACUGGCACCUUCAGCUCAAAUCUAUCCGCGGGAGCUGCCAAGUCAUUGCCAAAAUCAUCAUAUAUGUCGGAUUGUAUAGCGCUUGCCCGAGAUUUUGCAAAUUCUAUCCAGGGCCAAUUGGCUUCUGGCCAACAGGGCUAUUCACCCGUAGCUGCUUCAAGAGACUCAAGAGCUCGUCAGAUGGCAUUGCCAUCCAUUCUUAUUGCCCUACAUCUAUACAGAGAAGAGCUGAAACUGGAUACUACUUCCACAAGUCAUAUGCAUCGCUUGGCCCCUAUAUUGGCCCAGAUAGGCAGCUGGAUAGGAUGGCCUGAUUGGUCCUCAAAAGUAUCAGCUUAUUAUAUGCUCGAAAGCGUAGACAUGCGGGACUGGCAAUUUGAUGGAUCGAUAAUGACGGGUAUCAAGUCACCAUCUCAGCCAUACCCACCACCAUCGAUCCUAAAACACCUUGAGUCAGCUGCCUCCAUUGAUCAAGUAUCAAAAUUUCCCACUCUCAUUGAUGCGAUUGCUUCGUUCUCACUGAAGCAAGAAGGCCAUGAAGAGCUGGUCCAGAGCAUCUUGAUGGAUCUUACCCCUCGGACUCUACUGGUCACAAAUCUUCUGGGCAGUCAGGGACAGCCCAUAGAUCUUCAAAUUCGCAACAUGGCAACCUCUGGCAUCAAUUUUUCAGUUCUUGAGACUCUUCCCGAGAGCGUGGCAGUCUACUUCCGGGCUGUCCUAUCUGCAUGUCAGAUCAAUCCAUCAGCGCUCUCCGAUACGGCAACCUUACAACUUGUUGAACGAGAAGAUAUUGCUAUGCUUGGCAAGGCCAGCGAGAAGACCCGUUCAAAGGGGAGAAUCCUCUAUACUCCUUCAGAGAAUCCGAUGCGAGAUGUUCAUAUCAUCUGCAGUCAAGCUUCUGACGUUGAGAAUAUCGGUCCGUAUGACGGGUCGGCCGAAAUCGAUAGACAAUCCAUCACACGCUAUCUAUUCAAUGAAGAUCAACGCUUUGCUGAGGCAGCCAAAUUAGUUCAUCCGCUUCAGAAUCCUAUUGCGCAGUGCGUUCCUGAGCCGGGCUGGGCUGAAAGUGACUUACUAGAGACUCAGCAAGAGUUGGCAAAAGUUGUGGCUUUGAGAACAUUGUCUGUUUCGUUAGGGCGAAGUCUACUGUUUUACAGUGCUCGUAUGCCGUUGAUUACAGAGAAAUAUCCGAUCCAUGGAUUCACCCUCAGCUGUACAAUGAAGCCAUCAGACACAACCGUCACUGCAGAUCGUACCGCCUUCACUGAAGAGAAAGUAUCAUGGGCUUUCUUCCAUGCUGGGGUUGAAGCUGGCCUAAGUAUUUCAAGGGAAGCGCAAGGAAUUGACACCUCCUGGAUCCUGUUCAACAAACCUCGGGACCUGACACAUAGACAUGCUGGCUUCCUGUUCGCUCUUGGCUUGAAUGGCCAUCUUAGGUCCCUCGCUAAAUGGGUGGCAUUCAAAUACCUCACUCCAAAGCACAAUAUGACAUCCAUUGGGCUAUUGCUGGGCCUUUCAGUGUCUUAUCUUGGCAGUAUGGAUACCGUCAUCACGCGGCUUCUUUCAAUCCACGUAACUCGAAUGUUGCCACCUGGCGCUGCCGAGUUGAAUUUGUCCCCUCUUACACAGACUUGUGGUAUUAUGGGCAUCGGGCUGCUGUAUUGCGACUCUCAGCACCGUCGUAUGAGUGAAAUCUUGCUUUCAGAGCUGGAGAAUAUGGAGGUGGAGGAGGCACUCAACCCUAUGGAGAUCUUGAGAGACGAAGGCUACCGAUUAUCUGCUGGCUUUGCUCUUGGCUUGAUCAAUUUGGGCAAAGGGGGGACCUGA